AUGAAGCUUACAAAAAAUGAUGCUUAAAUGCAUGAAGUAAAUUUAAACUUGAAAACUUAGGAAUAAUAAAUGCUCUAUAAUAAAAAGUAUGCAUUUUUUACAUUGUAAAAUGAUAAAUAUGUCUAAAUUAUUUGUGAAUUACCUAACAUUUUCACUGUUGAAGAUGCUAUAACAUUCACACUUAGUCAAUUCUAAAAGGAGAUAGGUAAGUUUAAUAAAAAUAAUGACUUAGGAGAGAACUUUAGAUCAAAAAAAGGAAGUGAUUACGUAUUAAAAAUUUCAAAAAAGUCUGGGUAGCCCAAAGAUGAUUUGCCAUGUUUAGAUAAUGAAUAAAUUCUGUUUGAAACAGGAAGUCAAACAUUCACUUUAGUGUAUAAAAAUAAUCAAUAAAAUUCUGAAAAUUACCAAUAGCCUUAAACUUCAGUGACUACUACUAUGUGCUCAUAAUAAGAAUCAUAGGAUAUGUCCAUCAAAUCUAGAGCAUCAUAUACAAAUGGGUUAAAUAAAGGAAAGAAGCCCAUCAAAGAAAAUGAUAAGAAGGAAAAGAGCGGAGGGUUUUGCUUUUUCAAUAAGUGCUUUUGA